AUGACAGAAGAGGAAUUCUCGUAUUGGUAUUGGAUACGGGACGGUGGGGACGAUGUCACAUGUCGGCAAUCCAAGGUAGUUUCGUCUCUGUCAGACUUCGGGAUUUUAUGUCUGUCGCUCGGAGCGGAUCUCACGAUCGACAUUCGACUGGUGAUACGAUCCAAUACGCGACUUUCGUUCGAGAGAUCCGUCUCGUCCGAUUAUCUGUUAUCGACUAAUAACAUCACUGACAGCUCAAAGAUGGAUGCCGGAUUCUCAUCGUACCAUAACGGUGGUCCCGCGCGAGAACAGGACUUCGGCAGGUUGUCCCAAUCAAUUGGCACUUCGAUAUUGAAGAUAUCACAAAAUGUGUCUUCCAUGCAGAAAAUGGUCAAUCAGCUGGGCAGUUCCACCGAUUCUCAAGAACUCAGGAAUCAGCUGCAUCAGAUACAGCACUACACACAACAACUGGCGAAGGAUACUAGCGUUCAUCUUCGAGAUUUGGCUAUAUUAGCGAAUAACUCUGGCUCUACGAGCCCUGGAGAACAAAGACAGCGGAAAAUGCAGAGGGAACGCCUUCAAGAUGAAUUUACCACUGCAUUGAAUUCUUUUCAAGCUGUACAAAGGCUAGCUGCUUCUAAGGAGAAAGAAAUGGUCAGGAAGGCUAAAGCUAGUGCAGGUAUUGCGCCAUUUGGAGAAAAGAAACAGGAUACUCUUAUUGAGUUGCAAGACAGUAGAACAUAUGGAAGUGAUCAUGCAAAACAGCAGCAGGAACAGAUGCAAGAACAGAUGAACUUACGAAUGUUAGAGGAACAGGAAGCUAGUAUAAGACAAUUGGAGAGUAACAUUAGCGAUAUUAACCAAAUAUUCAAAGAUCUUGGAGCUUUGGUAUAUGAUCAAGGAGAAGUGAUUGAUUCUAUAGAAGCAUCAGUUGAAAGAACCGAGGUAUCUGUUAAUGAAGGCGCUUCUCAAGUAAGGCAAGCGAGUAUGUAUCAGACUAAGCUACGCAAAAAGAAGUGUUUUCUUGUAGUAAUCGCGGUAGUCAUAUUGGCGAUUUUGAUUGGUAUCAUAGUUUGGCAAAGCAAGUAAAAGAAAAAGAAAAUAAAAUUACACGUAUUUAUAUGACAGUGUACAACAUGAUGGUACAUGUAGUGCUAUACAAGAUUGCUGUCUGUAAACAGUGACAGAAUUGCAGAUCAGGUAAAAUUCUUAGUGACAUUUUUGUCCAAUCUUAAUUAUUAUUUUAAAACCACAUAAAAGAUAGCAUUGUCAUAGAAAUGCAGGAAAGUGAAGAAAUAUCUUGCGAAUUUGAUCCAUUUCAUUGUGAUAAUUGUUGGUGCGAACUUUUAUUUGCAAGUAAAGUUUUAAUGGCAUGUCUAAGAUUGCCGCAGUCCAUUUGUACGUUUCAAUACUCAUAAACUACCAGUGUAUAAUGAUCAACUAUAUAUAAUAUAUACGCGCGUAUGAUAAUUUAGGUAACUUAACAUAAUUAUAAAUAACAAAGCUAGAUAUAUAUGCGUGUGAUUGUGAGAAACGCUUGUAUGUGGUAAAAUAAGUAACAAAGUAUGCUUGUUAUCUUAAUGCAACUGUAUGUGCCUGUAAAAUAUCUUAAGAUCUAUUCCUAACAGACUCAAGGCAAAAUGUCUGAGAGCAUUAUAGUACUUUAAAAAUAUCACAAUAAUUCAUAUAAGUUAAUGUGUAUUAUAUUUAGUUUAUAUA